AUGUUAAUUGUAUGUUUAUUUUCCUCUGCUCUUUCAAGAAAUGACCUGGAGUUUGAAUAUGAAUUGAAAUUUAUGGACAUUGAUCAAGAGAAUUUAAGUAUUCCAGAAACAGUAUAUGAUGCAAUAGUAAGUUUACCAUCUGCCAAGUUUCAAAAAGUGUGUCAUGACAUGACGGUUACUGGCAAAACUGUUAUGAAAUUAGAUUCAUUACAGAUGUGA